AUGAUGUCCGUCAUUGACGGACGAAAGCUUAGCACCUUUUCACCGGAAUCGACAGUUGGUCAAGAGGAAUCCGCCGUCGUCUUUUGGUGGAACCGACCUUCGAGUCUCUUCACCCAACACUUCCACUCGAAAUGGAAGCAAGCUCAACAGUUUGAGUAUAGUCGUAAAGAUGAUGGCACGAAUGGAGUGAUAUUGCAACGUGAAUUUGUUGUAGACUUCUUCGAAAACCAAUUUUCCAACGCCCCUCUGGUCAUGCCAUCUUUGUGGCUUCUCCUAGGACGUCAGACACAUCUUGUAGCCCAGGGAAGUCUACGUCCGUCGGUGCCUGAGAAAGGGCUGCGUCGAGUGGAUCUUUUGCUGCUCAGCACAAAGAUCAAGCCUCUCCACGCGAUAACACGAAGUGUGGAUGUUCAACCGGAACGCAGAAAGGAGCCGAAUCACAAAUGGGCGGCCGUGGCUGGCGUGAACGCCAAGGUCCGAUGGGGGCUGUGGCGAUCAGAGCGUCUGCAAUCCGUCUCGCUUCAGCGCUCUCGCCAUUACGUAAAUUGA